AUGGGCCUUCACAUGACCCUCGAGGAGUUCCUGCCCUACGUGAAGAAGUCGCUUGACGCCACGUUCAGGAGAGCAAGGGGGAUCGAGACUGAAAAGUCGAACCAGUACUCGAAAGUGCUCCACGACCUGUGUGCCGAUGUGGACAUCCUUAAAGAUGGAAGAUUUAACAAGCAACUGGAGCUGCAGUGUCUCUGCGUCCACCCCAACUACGGCAACAAGGGCCUGGGAAUGAAGCUCGUUCGGCUGAGUGAGGAGAAGGGCAAGGACCUUGGCUGCGACGUGGCCACCAUCCAAGCGGUGAACGCCGUCACCGACCACAUAGCCAAGAAGACGGGAUACACGACGGUCCGUCGGGUCGACGUUAGGGACAUCAGAGACGAGACGGGACGUCCCCUGCUUGACUUGGAGGCCGUCAGGGAAGGGACAGGAACCUCCUACUUCACAUAUUACAUGAAGAAGCUCUAGGAAGAAAUGACUAAGCAGAUAUUCCCCGUAGGAGGGUAGUGCCGUCAGUGGACCUCAUGUGGUGCACUGUAGGCAUUACUUACGGUUCUUGGCAGCGUCCCUUCGGCCCCUAGCUGCAACCACUUUCGUUCCUUUUACUGUACCUCCUUUCAUAUUCUCUUUCUUCAUCUUACUUUCCACUCUCUCCUAAUAUUUGAUUCAUAGUGCAACUGCUUUGAGGUUUUCCUCCUGUUACACCUUUCAAGCCUUUUACUGUCAAUUUCCAUUUCAGUGCUUGGCCUAUGGCCUACUGUAAAUUCUAUAUUCAAAUCAACUCAACUCAGCUAAAGCUGUUAUUCACAGUCUUCUUGUACAUUUUUCUUUUUCGACAGAUAAACACCCUUUCUUAAUCACUCUGCCGGCGUCUAUAGGCCUCCUCGUGACCCCCACC